UGAAAACAGUUCAAAAUGGGACUAAAAAUUGUGCCAGUAAUGCUGGGUCUGCUGCAGAUCGCAGUAACGAUGCCAGUCACUUCAUUACAGGACCUCGAAGUCGCCGAUGACACUAUGUCAGUGGGCUCCUAUAUAAGAGAAGUGAGAGCAGCGCCGCCAGAUUAUGACAAAUCUUACGAAAGCGAAGGUGACGGCGAGGUGGGUUAUUCCCGGAAGAAAUCGGGAAGCGGGAAGCGCGGCUACCAACACUUCGAUUCAUACCACAAGAAGGCCGGUGACAACUAUGAGUUCGAGAAGCAGGAUUCGUUCGGACACGACGAGGAUGCGGAGGAGGGUGCUCACUCUCACCAGCACGAGCAGAGAGAGAAGUAUCGUAAACCUAAGAAGAACCGCCUAACUCCGAGGUACACGUCAACUUAUGAACCUUAUGAAGUGGCUGCCACAGAGCAUGAUGAAAAGGAACGUCCCAGGCCUGAGAGAUUACAGGACCAUCCACACUACGAAGAAAUAAAAGAAGGGGCGCCUGACGGCAACGGAGGAAUAGAGGCUUUUGGCCACGAUCCUAAUGAUUACAUCCUGCCACAGAAAUACACAGUUCUCAGUGAUGAUGACUACAAGAACUAGAGUCAUAUAGAAAAACAUUUAUUUGUUUGACUGACUGAUAGCUGUAAGUUUGAAAGUGACCUUUAAAAUGAAUUCUCAAUUGU